GGCGCAAGUCAGGAGCCAAGCGCCUGUUUUACGCCUAGAGCCUUUUAGAAACUUGCUUUUAACCAUGACAAGCAUGUAGAAUAAAAAUCGGAUUACUCUACAAUUCUCCAAAAAAAAUUAAUCAAAAAGAAAAAUAACUCUCAAUAUAAAUAGCAACGAAGAAUAAAUCUCAGAAACAGCGGUUCCACCAAAUACUAGGGUUUCAUUGUAACUUCUGCGGUCCCACUCUCCUCCGACUCCGACCAUCUUAUUUCUGCCCUUCGGCGAGCAGAGAAGCAGAAGAGACCAGCCAGACCUCCGGUGAUCACCUCCAUUGCUCCUUCGCUUCUGCGGUAUUUCUCUCUUGCAGAGUUCACAGUAAGCUCGGGUAAUUCGAUUGAAUGGUUGUUGAUUACUAAGUGAUCUCAAUUACAGAUACGGUAGUCUGCUUGUAUCGAACAAAUUGGUUUUCUCCAUUGCUGUAAUUCAGUUACGACUCUGACUUGCCAUACUGUAUUAGAUUGAUAGCUCUCUGGGUAGUAUUCGAAUUGACUUGAUCAAUUCGGAGCUGUAGUUCACUGUAAUUGGAAAUAUAUUCCCCAUAACUAUUCGAAAUCGUUUGAUUUCCUGUUGAGUACUUCUGAUCGUGUUAUACUCUUAUUUCCAGAACUCCAGUUCGUCUCAGUUUGUUUUUCUGGCAAAGCAAUGGCGCCAUUGGUCUUGCAUGCAGGGAAGACAAACAAGAAUGCCUUCAAGACACUGAUUGUGGCCGAGUUUUCUGGGGUGAAAGUUAAUUUGGUUGAGAAUUUUGAGAUGGGAGUGUCAAAUAAGACCCCUGAGUUCCUGAGGUGGAACCCCAUCGGCAAGGUUCCGGUCUUGGAGACGCCUGAGGGUCCUAUCUUCGAGAGCAAUGCUAUUGCUCGAUAUGUUACCAAGUUGAAGGCAGACAACCCACUUUAUGGCAGUUCACUCAUCGAUUAUGCCCAUAUUGAGCAGUGGAUUGACUUUGCAACACUGGAGAUUGAUGCCAAUAUUGGUGGUUGGCUGAGACCUCGCUUUGGCCGUGCGCCUUACCUUCCCCCUGCUGAGGAAGCUACUAUAUCAGCAUUGAAGAGGGGUCUCGAUGCAUUGAACACAUACCUUGCUUCAAAAACUUACCUUGUUGGGGACUCUGUUACCUUGGCAGACAUCAUCCUCACCUGUAAUCUUUACAUGGGGUUCUCUAGGAUCAUGACAAAGAGCUUUACCUCGGAGUUCCCCCAUGUUGAGAGAUACUUCUGGACCUUGGUUAAUCAACCAAAUUUCAAGAAGGUAUUGGGCGAAGUGAAACAAACUGAGUCAGUUCCUCCUGUCGAGUCCGGUAAAAAGCUAGCGCAGACUAAGGAAAAGGUGAAGCCCAAAGUGGAGCCUAAGAAGGAAGUCAAAAAGGAGAAAGAGCCUCCCAAGGCAGAAGCUGCUCCAGCAGUAGAGGAAGAGGCAGCACCAAAGCCGAAAGCAAAGAACCCUCUCGAUUUGCUGCCACCAAGUCCGAUGAUUUUGGAUGAUUGGAAGAGGCUUUACUCCAACACAAAGACCAACUUCCGCGAGGUGGCAAUCAAAGGCUUCUGGGACAUGUACGAUCCUGAGGGAUACUCAUUGUGGUUCUGCGACUACAAGUACAACGACGAGAACACAGUCUCCUUCGUUACUCUCAACAAGGUCGGCGGGUUUCUCCAGAGGAUGGAUCUGGCUCGCAAGUAUGCAUUCGGGAAGAUGCUCAUAAUCGGGUCUACACCACCAUUCAAGGUGAAGGGACUGUGGCUCUUCCGCGGACAAGAGAUCCCUCAGUUUAUCAUUGACGAGUGCUACGAUAUGGAGCUCUACGAGUGGAAGAAAGUCGACAUCUCCGACGAAGCACAGAAGGAGCGUGCCAGCCAGAUGAUUGAAGAUGCAGAACCUUUCGACGGAGAGGCACUCCUAGAUGCCAAAUGUUUCAAAUAGAGAGUUAACUUGCUGUUUGGGAAGAUGUUUGGAGAACUCUCUUUUAUUUUUUGUGAGGAUUUAGUUUUGUGAUUUCAGAAUAUCAGUAAACUGCUUCUUGGGAUAGUGAUUGCAAUUAAUGGAGGUGUAAUUAUUACUUCAGAACCUUCAAAUUUUAUUCCCAAUUUUUAGAAGAAUAGAACAUAAAUGUCCUUUGAUUAUAUAAAAUUUAUAAUAUGAA